CUUAUACUCGCUUGGGUGGCAUUCCACCACCGAACUCUCAUUCCUGAGACAGGACCCACCCCGAAUAACAACGCGUCUACACCGAACGCCCCGGUUAACGUAAACAGCGCACUCCACAUGCGGCCCUCUUUACGUUUGUUCGCGCCCUUCGCCAUCGGAGAUUCCUCCCUGACCGUCAAGUCCCUUGGCGCCGCGUUCCCCUACCGAUGGCUGCGCGACUCCUGCCAGUGUGCAUCCUGCGUCCAUCCCAGCACGCGACAGAAACUCCAUCGCACGACCGACGUCUCGCCCGACGUCGCCCCGGUGCCGGGAGGGGUGACGCCCCUGCCUGGCGGAGACGGAGUCAGCAUCGAGUGGCGACAGGGACAUCGGUCCUCGUUCGGAUUCGACUUCCUGGAACGAUACUCUGCCGUAAACCGGCGGCAGGCCUUCCAUCGCGAUCUCGACCGCAUCCCAUGGGAUCGGGCGCGCUUACAACACACGGAUGCGAAACUCUAUCAGACGUACGCGGAUCUGAAGACGGAGUCCGGAUUGCUGGCCGCGAUCUCUCAGCUCUGGCAAUACGGCCUGCUCUUCGUCACCGGCGUCCCGACGGCGGAGACCAGCGACGAGCGUUGCGAAGUGCGCGCCCUCGCGAGCAGGUUUAGCGAGGUCAGGGCGACGUUCUAUGGCGAGACAUGGGACGUGAAAAACGUACAGCAAAGCAAAAACAUCGCGUACACCGACUUAGAUCUGGGUCUGCACAUGGAUCUCCUAUACUUUGAGCACCCACCUCGCUUCCAGAUCCUCCACUGCCUCCGAAACCGCGUCCGCGGCGGCGCCUCGUACUUUGUCGACGCCCUACACGCUGCCAGUACGCUGAGCCGCGCCGAUCCGGAGGGCUUCCGCACGCUCACCGAGACGCCGGUGUCGUUCCAUUACAUCAACGACGGCCACCACUUGCACUUUGAGCACCCGACGAUCGAGCUCUUCCCGGCCUCCGACCGUAUAGCGCACAUCAACUACUCCCCGCCGUUCCAGGCGCCGCUUCCGCUCUCUACGCCCGAUGCGUUCUACCCCGCCUUCAGGCGCUUCGCUGACCUACUCGACCGACCCGAGGCACGCUUCGAAUACCUCCUUCGAGAAGGCGACGCAGUCUUGUUCGAUAAUCGCCGGGUGCUGCAUGCAAGGACGGCAUUCCACGACCCCGAGGAAGACGCGGGCGAGGUGCAGGAGGAUAUGACCAACAGGUGGUUGAAAGGGUGUUACAUCGAGGCGGACGCCGUGUUCGAUCGCGGUCGAAUUCUGAGAACCAAGUUGGAAGGCUAGUCGUCGCAGCAGCUGCGUAAUCCAAUGUACAUUAGCGAGCAUGAUCCGUCAUCACCCAUGCAAGUGGAUGGGGUACGGGGUCCGAACCCACAUCCGCCCUCCAGGUGGCAUACAGCUACUUUGCCUGUGGGUUGACACAGUCUGCGAUUGGUAUCCCCUCGAUGAAGCAAGUGGAUGAGCACCCUGAGAUCCUCCUUGUAAUCCAUUCGUCAACCCACGUCAACCCACUCGAUCCACCGAGCGAGCCCGUAUCCACAAAGGCCAGAAAUGUCGAGCGCCGCAUCCGAGUCCGCUCGUGGGCGUCGGAAGAAGAUAUAGACCCAAGCUAGGUGACCAUUCUCGAGGGUUAAUCGUCCAUCCGACCCACGGCCGACCCACAUGCACAAGGAUAUCCACGGUCGAGGCAGUAAAUGUCCACGCUCGUCUGCAAGUUCCCCCCGAUAUACAGCGGU